UUUGGACGCGGCAACUCGUUCCCAAGGCUUCGUUACAGCUUUUAAAUAUCGAAUACGUUAUUCGAACUUUAAAGUGACCCCGUGUUUAAGUUUGAUCGGUGUUGCUGUAAAAGUUGCACGGAUUUUUUUUCGGUAGGAAAUUAAGAUUUGAUCAACAUCGACUACCUUGCGAUAUAAUCUGGAUCGGAUCAAGAACUACGAACUCCUUUACGCAAAACUCCUUCCUCGACAUAACCUCAAAAGUGACGCUGUCAUUUUGACGUUUACAACUUGUUGGUGAAAUCGUGAAGUAAACAAUAAACAAAAGGACUAUGCGGAUAGGAUUUUUAAAAAGAUAACAUUAGAAAUUUCUCUUGCAACUUCUAUUCAUAAUGGCGUCUUGGAAGUCUUGUUUUUGGACAGUGUUUGUGCUAUGCCUGUUGGGAAAGAUAUCCGGAUUGGAUAAUGGAUUGGCUUUAACCCCACCGAUGGGUUGGUUGGCGUGGGAACGGUUUAGAUGUAACACUGAUUGCAAAAAUGAUCCCGAUAAUUGUAUAAGCGACCGACUAUUCCGUACUAUGACGGAUAUCCUGGUCAACGAGGGGUACGCGGCGGUUGGCUACGAAUACAUCAACGUUGACGACUGCUGGCCGGAACGGGAACGUGACGCGCGCGGCAGACUGGUGCCCGAUAGAGAAAGAUUCCCGUACGGAAUGAAGAGCUUAUCUGAUUACGUUCACAGCAAAGGUCUGAAAUUCGGGAUAUACGAAGACUAUGGCAACUUCACAUGCGCCGGAUAUCCGGGCGUUGUCGGCCAUCUUGCCGGAGAUGCGGCUACAUUCGCGGCAUGGGAUGUCGACUACGUGAAGUUGGACGGAUGCUAUGCGCUGCCCGCGGACAUGGACCACGGUUACCCAGCGUUUGGCCGCGAACUCAACCUCACCGGCCGACAGAUGGUCUAUUCUUGCAGCUGGCCCGUCUACCAAAUAUACGCCGGGAUACAGCCCAACUUCACGUCGAUAAUCGAGCACUGCAACCUGUGGCGUAACUUCGACGACAUCCAGGACUCGUGGGCGUCCGUCGAGUCUAUCAUAGACUACUACGGAAACCACCAGGACGUGAUCGUGCCGAACGCUGGCCCCGGACACUGGAACGACCCUGACAUGCUAAUCAUAGGCAACUUCGGUCUAUCGUACGAGCAAAGUAAGACUCAGUUUGCGAUCUGGGCGAUUCUAGCAGCGCCGCUACUCAUGAGCGUAGACCUGCGUACCAUCAGGCCCGAGUACAAAGCCAUUCUGCAGAACAGAAAGAUUAUAGAAGUUGACCAGGACCCACUUGGAAUCCAAGGCAGGAGGAUAUACAAGCAUCGCGGUAUCGAGAUCUGGUCUCGGCCGAUCGUGCCUAUCCAGGGUCAGCAUUACUCUUACGCGGUGGCUUUCCUCAACCGUCGGACUGACGGGACGCCCUCCGACGUCGCCGUCACUCUGCGCGAGCUCGGCCUCAACAACCCAGCGGGAUACAGGCUCGAGGACUUGUACGAGGACGUGGACUACGGCGUGCUGUCCCCGCAGACCAAGAUCAAAGUGAAGGUGAACCCAUCAGGUGUUGUGAUACUUCGUGCGGACGCCCAACCCUCGUUUGCAUACAACGCCAUCCCAUCUCGGACGACCUACUCGCCGCUAAACGAUAUUUUUAGACUGACUAAGAAAUAAAGUCCAGUUGCGGACACGCGUAAUACAAGUUCGAGUCAAAAUCGUAAAGAUUUACAAGUACAAUCCAAUAAUAUAUCCAUCUAUUACUGAAAAUACUUUCACUUUUACGCUGUAAAUAUUUAAAUACAAUGAUAGACCGUUUAGAACUCUUUUCUAUGAACGAAAUUUUUAAACUUUUUGAAAGAAAUAGUCGCUUUUGACCUUAAAAAAUAUAAAAUAAAUAGCUAUUUAAAAUUUAAUUAAAUCAUAAAUUUUUAAAAACUACAGGUCUAUUUUAUGAAUUUAAAUAUUUAUUUUGUAAAUUAUCAACCGAUCUAUUAAUUCUACAAUCGGGAGCUAUGUUGAGAGACGGACGAUCACAAUAUUUUGCAUCAUUUCCUUAAAUUAUAUUAAAACUAUUUUGUAUUCCCGCCGAUUUAUUAUUAAGAGCGUAAUUGACAACCUCCUUAGUAGAAAUAUCUUUAUCGUGGUAAAAAAUAUUUGAUAAUCUGUACCGUAAAAUUAAUCACUAUUGUAACUUAUUUAAAUGAAAUAAGAUCACUUUUUUAUAAGUUUAUGUGGUUGUCCAUCGUCUUAUAUAUAAUUACCCGAAACUUUCAAAACAAAUCGUUAAAAAGGUAACUGUCCUGUUCUCUCAACCUUGCCUUUAGGUUACAAUUUAUUUAUGCAAUACUUUAUUCUCAUUAGUGUGAUAGACAGAUACAUACUGUUUCAAAUCAAAACCUAAACUAUGUAAAAAAUACUACCCUUACUUAUUAAACUAAAUUUAAUAUACUCCAAAUUCAUGAAAACAAACACACAGAUUCGCUGUACCUUACAAUUUUUAUUAUAUAAAAAAUUCCAAUGAAAAUGUUAAAUGUAUCAGAAUUUUUCUAUAUUAUAAUAAGUGAGGUUUUUGAGUUUAAUUCUUCUUCUAGCUUUACAGCUUUGUGGGCCUUGACUUGGUGCAGCAACUUUUUCCACCUCCGUCUAUCUCUGGCCACGGACUUCCAGUUUGCUAUGCCUAUGUUUUGAGUUUACUAGUUAAGGAUUUAAUUUGAAACAGAGUAUAGAUAGCUUUUUGUAAAGAUCGUGUAGAAUUAUUUUUGCCAUUACUUAUAUCUAGGCUAAGGAUGUACAUUGUAGUUGUGUGUAAUUAUAAGUUUUUUUGUAGAGAACACAAUAAAUAACUUUAUUCUAAAA